AGAUUAGCCUCAGGGAGGGUCAAACGCACAAGUCCGCUGCACACAAAAUACACUGCGCGUCAUAAGCCGUGGGGCGCAUAGACCGCAGAGGACUUUGACAGGACAGCCUUUCCUCAAACACGGUUAGGAAAAUGGAGAUCUUGGGACUGGUGAACGUCCCGCUAUGGACGCUGUUUUUAAUAGCUGUUCUCCUUCUCCUGUACCUCUACACUUCCAUAAACUAUGGAGUAUUUGACAAGAUUGGAGUUAAGGGACCCAAGCCUUUGCCAUUCGUGGGAAAUAUUUUGGACAUUGCACGAAAGGGAUUUGUGGAGUCUGAGUCUGAAUGGCGUCAAAAGUACGGGCGCGUGUUCGGUAUUCACGAAGGCCACUUUCCCGUGCUAAUGAUCUGUGAUGUGGACAUCCUGAAGGAGAUAACCGUCAAAGAGUUCAGUAACUUCACCAACAGAAGGGAAUUUGGGCUGAGCAAAUAUGCACGGCCUCCACACUCUCAUUUCCUCACAAUGCAGUUUGAUGACGAAUGGCGACAUAACAGAAACACCCAAACUCCAACAUUUAGUGGAGGUAAACUGAAGAAGAUGACCAGUCUGAUCAACAAGGCAGCAGAGUCGAUGAUUAAAGCGAUGAAGAAAGCAGCCUACAACAGCGAGCCUGUUGAUGCCAAACGGUACACCGGAGCCUACACAAUGGAGGUCAUCGCGUCCACAGCCUUUGGUAUGGAUCUUGAUGCACAAAACACGGAAGAUGACCCUUUUGUCAAAUACGCCAGGAAGUUUUUCGAGUUUUCCAUCUUAGACCCUAUGUUCCUUCUCGUGCUAAUUCUUCCCUGCUUCUUGCCAAUAAUUGGAGCUUUGAAACUACCAACUUUGCCACAGGAUGCUGAGAAGUUCUUCACAAAAAUUGUGAGGCAAGCAUUAGCGGAGAGGAGAGAGAAUCCAGGGAAAUGCAGCGACUUCUUGGAAAUGAUGGCAAAUGCUGAACGUGAAGCGCAAGCCUCGGAACAAGAGGGAAGUCACGUGACCACCGGAAGCAAACGGGAAGAAAACCAUGAAAACGGAGACACCGCAUGGGUCGAUAAGAGGAAGGGAAAAGGUUUAUCAGAUUCGGAGAUUCUUGCCGCAUGUAUUCUGUUCUUCUCUGCUGGCUAUGACACCACUGCCACGACGUUGACGCAUGCGCUGUACCAUCUCGCCUUGAACCCUGACGUUCAAGAUAAACUGAUAGACGAGAUCGACGAACAUUUCCCGCCGGGUAAACUGCCUGCUUACGAGACGGUGGGAGAGCUACAGUACCUUGACAUGGUGAUCAUGGAAGUGUUGAGAAUUAACCCACCUGCAGCUCGCGUGGAUCGUGUAUGUAAACGGGACACUGAAAUCCGUGGACUUUACAUCCCCGCUGGCACUGUGGUUGGUCUGCCCAUCUACACAAUCCACCAUGACGCGGAAUACUGGCCGGAUCCGGACGUCUUUGACCCGGAAAGGUUUAGUCCAGAAAACAAGAAGACCCAUCACCCCCUUCAGUGGAUUCCUUUUGGGUAUGGCCCCCGAAAUUGUAUCGGCAUGAGACUUGCCAUUCUUGAGAUGAAACUGGCUUUGAUUCAUCUGAUGAAGUCUUUCAGAUUCAAGACAAACAGCAAGACGAAACCUCUGAAGUUCGGCAGCACAUUUCUGCUCACAAACACGAAGGAUGGAGUAUGGGUGACUCCGGAAAACCGCCAUUAAGAAAGACGAUGCUGCCGUAGACGUGUCAACACGAGCAUACAUCGAUAUGUUAAAAAUAAGAGACAUGUAGAGACGUAGAUACGAGAUUUAUGUCUGCCUACGCUUCUGAUUUUACAGUGUUCUUACCUUUGUACCCGUUCGUAACAAAAAAUAUGUGAGUUAAAAAAAACUGUGUAGCUUUUGAGCGAUAUUAUGGUUUUGUUUCAUUUUUAUUCUCUUUUACUAUUACGUUGUCGGUUUCCUGCGUAUUUUGUCACCCAUACGUCAUGUGUACGCAAGUAUAAACGUUUAGGUAAAAUACGGUGACAUCUUAAUUCGACCUCUACAUCUAUUUGGUGUAGUUUUCUCCAUUACCUCUCUUACCAAUUUGUACCUAAUUGUAUAUAUACACUGUAAAUAAAAUUAUAGUGUGUACAUUA